AUGGCACCAUUCGGCACUAUCUACUCCUACAUGCCCAGUCCCCGGGUCAUGAAGAUGCAAGCCGCCGCCAACUUUAACAAUCUGGAACUUGCCAUCUUCCCUGACUUUGCCAUGGGCAAGACAAACAAGUCAGAGGAUUUCUUGGCCAAGUUUCCGCUCGGCAAAGUGCCCGCCUUCGAGGCUGCGGACGGUACCACCCUCUUCGAAUCCGACGCCAUCGCCCAGUACAUCGCUGAGAGUGGCCCCGCGGCAGCCCAGCUGCUGGGAGGAAGCCCGGCCGAGCGGGCCACCAUCCGCCAAUGGGUCUGCCUUGCGGAUGGGGAGGUCAGUGGUCCGGUGACCCAACUGGCUCUGUGGCGCUUGAAGUUGAAGCCCUACGAUGAGGCCACCGAGACCUUCAAUCUGCAGCGCCUGGAGCGCACGCUGGCCUGCAUGGAGACCCACCUCAAGGGGCGGAUCUGGUUCGCCAGCAGUGACAAGAUCAGCAUGGCAGACAUUAGCAUCGCCGCCGCUCUGGUCUGGGGCUUCUCCAUGGUCAUUGAUGCGGAGAUGCGUCAGAAGUACCCCAUCACCCUGGCUUGGUACGAACGUGUUCUGGAAGUCGAUGAGGUGAAGCAGGCCUUUGGUGAGAAGAACUACGUGGAGAAGCGUCAGUCCUACGAUGGCUAG